AUGCUGCUUCCAUAUCGAAUUCCCCUCCCUCUUCGAUCCGGUGCCAGCAAAUUGGUGCCUAGAGAUCCUGGGGGCCCUAAGGGUCCUGGUGAUCAGGGACAUCCGCCAUCAAAAGCCAUCUUUGUGGCGAAACGAGGCAAGUACCAGCAAACGGCCGACUCCGAGUCUGCUGAGACAUCUGCUCGGAAUAGAAGGCGACGAGAUGGCCACUCAACUUCUACCCUCUCGGUUUCGCAAACGAAUCGAAACAGCACGGUAUCACAGGUAGAUAGAAACACGUCUAUUCGAUCCAUCAUAACGCUUCCCGCGUAUAAGCCGAAGGCGAACGAAAAUGAGCAGGUCAUUGGUCGCGAAGGGGAACGCGACGGCGUUGAUGUUGUGGUAGAAUAUCCUACCGCCGAGGAUCUAGAGAGCAUGCGGGACGAAGAGAUGGAGACGCUAUUUCAGAUCCGAUUGGCAAGAAGACAGGAACGUGCCGAACGGGAAGAGCGGCGUCGCUUAACACAAGAGGCUAGGGCUCGCGGGGAUACGAGGGCAUUAGGCGACAUAGCAGCCCAGAGACGAGCCGCACGCGAUAACAGCGCCGUGGAUGACUUACGCGAUGCGUACGGGCAGAUCAAGGAAAAGCGACAACGUGCCGUCUCCAGCGUUAGCUACCACGAGCUUGGUGUAGCGCAACUCAAUGGUACAAGAGUCCGCACAAGUAGUCAUGGGAGCGAAGGCGUAGGAUUGUUAUCAGAUGCGGCUAGCAUUGCCCUAUCCACGCGCUCGCCUUCGGGUCUGUCCCAUCGUCGAGAUCGUAGCGCUAGCUCUGUUCUUAGUCUCGAUAGCGAUUUUCCAUCUCCAGGGCUAAGGUCUAACACAUCCACACCACGGAUAGGAAGUAAUCACACUCGAGCCGGAUCAAGCCCGGAAAUAAUCAGCGAGGCAGAUCUAGGCGACGUCGAAAUGCCUCCACCGGAUUAUGAGGAAGUUAGCUUAGACGAUGUAAGAUCGGGGGCUGCGACACCUAUCUUUAAUGAGCCCCCACCCAACUACACGGACCCAGCGCGUGGUCACGAGCGACGGUUAAGCGCACAGACUGCAGACAGGAUGACGGAGAGCGGAGAUCUCUCGAUGAUAGACGGUGCGCGUGAUACAGCUUCGACCAGGAGAUCCUCAAGGGGAAUUGGAGGUGUUCCGCAGUUGCCCAGCUUGCGGAUUGAGAGAUUACCACGGAUUGUAAUUGAACCAUCAACAGCACAUCCCAACGACCCUCAUCACUAA